AUGUUGAGAUCAGCUCUGAGAUCGUCCACGAGAUGUGGCCUUCCCCUAAAGGCUGUUGCCGUGUCUUCCAGGCAAUUGGGCUUGACCGCCGCCAGAUCCAUUCAGACCUCGGUUAGACCAUCUGUUUUGCGCUCUACCGUAAGAAAAUCGCCUUCGCCAUUUGUUGCCACCAAGUUUGACGUUUUUGUGCGUGGAAAUGCGCAGAUCGUGAAGGUUCCUGAUAUGGCAGAGUCCAUCACUGAAGGUACUUUGACUUCUUUCUCCAAGAGCGUUGGUGAUUACGUUGAUGCUGAUGAGACCAUUGCUACCAUUGAGACCGACAAGAUCGAUGUUGAGGUGAAUGCUCCUAUUGCUGGUGUGAUCACUGAGUUUCUGGCUGCUCCUGAAGACACCGUUGAGGUUGGCCAGGAUCUGUUGAAGAUCGAGCCUGGUGAGAAGCCAGAGGGAGCUGCUGCUGCUGCUCCAAAGAAAGAGGAGGCUGCUCCAGUGAAGGAAGAGCCUAAGGAAGCCGCUGCCCCCAAGGCUGCUGCUCCACCAAAGCCUGCUGCACCAGCCCCUACACCUAAGAAGGAAGCUCCUAAGAAGGAAGCUCCUAAGGAAUCCACUCCAGCACCAUCUACUGGAUCAUUCUCCAGGCAUGAGGAGAGAAUCAAGAUGAACCGUAUGAGAAUGAGAAUUGCCGAGAGAUUGAAGGAGGCCCAAAACACCGCUGCUUCUCUCACCACCUUCAACGAGGUGGACAUGUCUUCGCUCUUAGAGAUGAGAAAGCUUUACAAGGACGAGUUCUUGAAGAAGACCGGCAUCAAAUUUGGUUUCAUGGGUGCCUUCUCCAAGGCCUCCGCUUUGGCUAUGAAGGACAUUCCUGCCGUUAACGGAUCCAUCGAGAACGGUGACACUAUGGUCUUCAGAGACUACAUGGACAUUUCCAUUGCCGUUGCCACUCCAAAGGGUUUGGUCACUCCAGUUGUGAGAAACGCUGAAUCGUUGACCGUCCUGGGAAUCGAGGAGGCUAUUGCCAGUCUGGGUGCUAAGGCCAGAGACAACAAGCUCACCUUGGAGGACAUGGCCGGAGGUACCUUCACAAUCUCCAACGGAGGAGUGUUUGGAUCUCUGUAUGGAACUCCAAUUUUGAACGUUCCUCAAACCGCCGUGUUAGGUCUUCAUGGUGUCAAGGAGAGACCAGUGACAGUCAACGGUAAGGUUGAAAGCAGGCCAAUGAUGUACUUGGCUUUGACCUACGAUCACAGAAUGCUUGAUGGCAGAGAAGCCGUCACUUUCUUGAAGACUGUCAAGGAAUUGAUUGAGGACCCAAGAAAGAUGCUUUUGAUGUGA